AUGGGGGUCGUCAACUCCAUGCUUGUCAAAGAUGUUCAAAUCUUCGACGGUACUAAAAUAGUUGAGCACGGCUACGUUUACGUCCUGGAUGGAAAGAUCGCAGCCGUUGGCGAGGGCAAUUUUAACGGUGAGCUUACCACGGGGUUCACAGUCAUAUCAAAACCGGGACACACCAUCAUACCCGGACUAAUCGAUGCGCACAUACAUGCCCUGUCUGGAAAUGUCAACAGCAUCGAGCAAUCACUCCGCUUCGGAGUCACCACCGUCUGCGACAUGCACAAUGAUCCAAAAGACAAUGCGGAGUUGAAGAAGCUCGCGAGUGAACCGUCAAACAAGGGAAAAUAUGCAGACUUCAAGUGUGCUGGACUUGGUGCAGUCGUUGAAGGUGGCUGGCCGAUCCCCGUGAUGAGGAAAGAAUUCUCCUACACGCCAUGUGGUGACCACAUCGUUGACAAGAUCAUUUCAACCUGGCCCAUGCUCCGCAAGCCAGAAGAUGCGGAGCCGUUCGUCAAGCAGCAAAUUGAAGAGAACGGCGCAGCGUACAUAAAAAUGUUCCACGAGCUCGGCGACACUCUGGGCAUGGAUCUCCCCCGGCCUCCUAUGGAUAUUCAAGAAGCUGUCGUAGCCGCUGCCCAUAAACAUGGUGUCAUCACCACUGGACAUGCCUUUAGCUAUGCCGGCGCGAUGGAUCUGCUCCGUGCCGGAACGGACGGCUUGAGCCACAUGUUCCUCGACAAGCCGCCAACGGAUGAUUACAUUCAAAUUAUGCUGGAGAAUAAGGCGCAUUGCAACCCCACACUCGGUCUAUGUGCCUCUCAGACGGGCGAGGGACAAGACAUGCUGAUGUCAUAUAUGAAGGACCCAUACGCAAAACGGUUCCUCAUCCAAAAGGAACCAACAAAACCUCUCGGGUUAGCUGUCGGACAGAAGCCCAAGGCGAGCAUCGCGAACGCAUAUGCAUCAACAAAAGCUUUGUACAAAGCAGGUGUGCCUCUGAUCGUCGGUACCGAUGCUGCUGGCAAGGGUCUUGGCUUGCCGUAUGGAUUGGGAAUGCACCUGGAGAUGCGUGUGUUGGUGCAAGAAGUCGGCAUGUCUCCUCUUGAUGUCCUGAAGUCAGCCACUUCUAUCACCGCUGAUCGACUUAAGUUUCAUGAUCGCGGAAAGAUUGAGCCUGGAAAGAAGGCUGACUUAGUCUUGAUUAAAGGUGAUGUCUUGAAAGUUCUCGGCGACCACAAAGGGCGAUGUCUACCAAUCGAGGCUGUAUGGAGAGAAGGAGUGUUUGCAUCUGCAGUCUAA